AUGGCGACGGCGAUACAAGCUCUCAAGGGCGAUGCGCCGCAGCAGGUGCGGUCUCUGUACCGCCAGCUCCUGAAGUCGGGCGACCAGUUUGCGGCCUACAACUUCCGCGAGUACGCCAAGCGCCGGACGAGGGACGCCUUCCGCGAGAACCAGAACGUCGAGGACCCCCGGCGGGUGCAGGAGCUGAUCCAGCAGGGGCUGAAGGAGCUCCAGGUCGUGAAGAGACAAACGGUUGUCAGCCAGUUCUUCCAGUUUGACCGGUUAGUGGUCGAGGGCGGUGCCGCGGGCAAGCAAAAGGGAAACAAGGGCGAUAUUGUCAGACAAAAGGAUCAGGGCUGGGACUAG